AUGGCCUCGAUCGGCAGACUCAUGAUUACAGAUUUUUCCGGCCCUAGCUGCUGGACCAGGGUUUUGGAAAAGACGGUGCCCUUGAACUUGAUUAGAGAAACGGGAACGAAGGGAGCAUCAUACGGCUGGAUAUUUACUUUGAAAGAGGACGGUACAAAACCGCGUCUCGUAGAUGAUCUAAACCCGGGAGUGUCGGAAUCAGACGGGUGUGAAAUCUCACUGCCUGAUUUGGUAACGCUGCCUCAUUGCCAAACCAGACUUGUAACCAACGUGGCCAUGUCAUCCUCUUCUCCUCACGACGAAAAUUGCAUUCUAGCCGUUAAGUUCGCUGGACCUCAGCUCAGCCUAUGUAGGCCUGCUCAAGAGAACAACAAGUGGGUCAACAUCAGAAUCGACGACCCAGGAUUCUUCUCCUCACGAGUCAUGUACUCGAAGAGAGAUAAGAAGUUUGCCAUGCCAUCUUUCGGGGGGGGGUCAUUCAUUGGGUACUGGGACCUUGGAGAGAACUUGGAGAAACCAAAGGGGCAGCACUUUUCCGAUUAUGACAAUCCUGAGUUGUUGCCGUCACACUGGGAAAGGUUAGAUUCGUGUUGCACGAGCGUAGAGUUGGUGGAGUCACGUGCCACGGAUGAAAUGUUUAUGAUUAAGCGGUUCAGAGAGAAUGGCUACAAUGAUGGGAGGAUGGAAGAGUAUCGAAUAUGGGUGUUCAAGCAAGUAGACAGUUCUUCUCAAUGGUUUUACAUUAAAAACAUUGAGGAUCUCUGCAUUUUCCGAGUCUGA